CCGGGACCGGAGGUACCAUAGAGAGCGGGGGAGGCCGGAGUAGAGCGGCCGGGCCCAGGAAGCGGGAUGGCGGCGGCGAUGGGGCUUCGGCUCCUGUCUUUCUCCCGACGGGCUCUCCGCACCCCCCGCCCCAGCUCGCUCCCCGCCCGGCGCGGCUAUCAGGGGGGCUCCCCGGCCGACUCGCGGAAGGACCUGCUGGAGAUCCCCUUGCCCCCCUGGCAGGAGCGGCCCAGCGAGCCCCUUCAGGCCAAGAGAGCCCGGCUCCUGUACGAGAGCAGGAAGCGAGGCAUGCUGGAGAACUGCCUGCUGCUCAGCCUCUUUGCAAAGGAGAAUCUGAACAGCAUGACUGAGCGGCAGCUGAACCUCUAUGACCGUCUGAUCAACGAGCCCAGCAACGACUGGGAUAUUUACUACUGGGCAACCGAAGCAAAGCCCACCCCGGAGGUGUUUGAGAAUGAUGUCAUGGUGAUGCUGAAAGAGUUCACCAAAAACAAGAACAAGGAGCAGAGGCUGCGGCAGCCGGACCUGGAGUACCUCUUUGAGCUCUCACGGUGAGGCACCCUGUCUGCUCCGGGAUCCUCUUCUCAUCCCUAGCAGCAGAGGCUGAGGUGCCUAUACCUAUUUGGCAGCCUGCAGUGCUACGGUCCUGGCUCCUGAAGUCCUCCACCCGGUGGUUGCUUCUACCCAGGUUUCCAAACCCCACCGAAUAAAGUUUCAAGCACUAUCCCUGACCGUGGGAAUUUCUACGUGGAUUUGUCCCACUGUUGUACGGGUGCAGCAGUCCACCUCAGAAGUGGCUGCAUUUCAGUGGCACUAUAUGUAUAUAGCUUGUAGAGCAUCUUGGUGCGAGAGAAAUAGAAGGUGAUAGCAUUA